AUGGGCGACUCUGUCGAGGCGAACGAGCAGUUGGGCGGGUCUUCAGACAAGUGUUCAGACCCGGCUCCGUCCGCACCGCCCGAAGCCGGUGAGAGCCCCGUUGGUUUAAAGUGCAGACCACUUAGGUCAUCAACCGAUGAGAAUGAUGUUAGAUUCGCGGAGCAGCUUCAAUGGAUUAACAAUGCAACGCAGACUAGUUUACUAGGCCUUAACGAACCGGCUAAUGGUCAAGCGAAUGACGAAGGAGGAAUGUAUGUAGACCAGUGUGACGAUUGCCCGUCAGAUAGCUGGAGGAAGCAGACGAUGAAGCCAAAUCAAUCCCCGAUCGCCCGACUCGCCAUGGACCCACCCGCGAUGGACCCAUCCGCGAUGGACCCAUCCGCGAUGGCCCCACCCGCAAUGGAUCAGCAACAGCGUUCCCAGGCGUUGGACUCGAGGCCGGUUGACAGGGCCCCUCGACGGGGUCAACUUCUUCACUCCGUUUCAGCGGUCGUGCCUGCUUCUUAUCAGGACAGUAGCGGAUAUGAUAAAAGGGCGAGGCAACCAAGAUGCUUGAGGCAUGAGGGUUGGCAAGAGGGUAAAACAGAGUGUAGACACCACAACGGUGGCCAGCCGGAGGUUUACCAUCGGAGUUGCACGCUGCAGCCCAGUCUUCAGGUCGGGUCAAGUCUUCGGGACGGGAUGAGCUUUUGGGAGGAGUCUUCAUGCGAGCGUCCUUCUGACUUCCUACGUACAAACAACUGGAACGAUGUCGACGAGAAGGAAGCCAGAAGCGAUCAUGCAGGGCAAGAGGUCGGUCGGUUGAACGCCAAGUAUGCACCGCCGCCAACGCCGCGGGACGUAGACCCCUGCAUGGUGCCCAAGUUCUACCUCCGUGUGUGGCUCGCUGUCGGUGAGAUUUUGGUCUGCUGUUUGGGUACGGUGGUCGCUCUGGGUAUUAUUGGUUGCCCCUUAAUCGUCGUAGCAAUUUUGGAGCGCCAACGUCUGGCGAGUCUGAGCGUCCAAGUUUUUACCUCCCCGUGA